GUUGUUGUUGUUGUUACAGGCACCGAUGUUAUUGGUGUAUGAGACAUUGUUGUUGAUAUUUUUCUGUGAUUGUAUAUGGGGGAUUUUGAUGAAAUUUUAUUGGUGUAUUGGUUUUUUCGGUAUUGGUGGAGAGUGUGGAUAUUGUGUGAUGAGCGGCGCGCGGCAUAUUAUAUGUAAUAUGUAUGUAUGGUUGGUGUGAUGUGAGUUAAGCGAGAGGUAACAAACCAUCGAAGAUGUACAACGGCCAAAACCAACCCGCCCGUCAUCGGAAUCGAACGGUCUCAUAGCCUGUGUGUACCGUAUACAAGAAAAGAAGAAGAAGACGAUAACUACGAACGGAAUCAAGAAGAAAAUAUACGCGACGGUUACCUUGUUUUUCUUUAUUUUUGUUGUUUUUUCCCUAUAGCCAGGGGGUUGUAUGUAUUCUUUGUGUGAUUCGUGUCUUCAGUCAAUUGCUGGUUUCUUACCAGUUAACAUCGUUGGUGUGUUGUGCGUGUUUUUUGCCUAUUACGAGAUUUCAUGAUUCCGAGUGAUGAGUGAAGGAAGAUAUAUGAAGUGUUUUGUGACACAAUAGGGUUAGAAUAUUAAUUAAUUGAAUGUUUUCAUAUUUAAAUCAGAGAAAAUUAUAAGUAACAUUUGUGAAUAUUAAUAACCCAUGCAGUCAUCAAUUAUUUCAUAUUGAUGUAAAAAAUAAUCAAAUGUGAAUUGUGGUUAAAAAAGAAUAAUUAUCCCAAUUAGUGGAUUAUUUCACUUUGUUUCGCCGCGAUUAUCAUAGUUAAGACCAUCAAAAUAAAACACACCAACGCACCGAUUUUUAGUGUAAAACCAAGACAGUGUCUAGUAAAAAGUAAUAAUGUCGAAGACCGAUAAAUCAUUAAACAUUCAUCCGAGUUCGGUUAAUUUUACUUUAAAUAUGUUUAUAGCGCCGAAUUCUACAUCAAACGAAUGAUAUUUCCAAUCAAAUGGUACAACUCCAGAAGCGGCGUUCUCAUACCUCUCUCUUGUAGCUUCCAACGAAAAUGACGUGAGAAAACGGGGUAACAUAUCAAAUCGGAAAUGAUUAAAUUUUUUUAAGAGCAAAAGUGAUGAAGGAUUUAUAAAAAUACCCUUAACAAUGUCAUUGAUCAGGAGAAGAUGCCGCUUCAAUUCUCAAGUGACACUACCAAGUUAGCGCAAGAAUUUUGACUGACUGAUUCCAUGCAGUUGCUCUGAGGACCUCGAAUAUAUUGAGUUUACGUGAUUCCGGACGAGUGGAGAUGUAUUUAGUUGACAAUAAAAUCUGAAGUCAUUUCUGAUGAUUUUUGUUGCCUUCUUAGUGUCACUGAGCAUCCACCGAUUUUAUGUAGUGUUGUCCCAGUAACAGUGAUAACGUGACCAACUCUUGUAAGAUGACCAGUUUCUUAUGAAUUCUAAUAAGUUUGAGUCAUUCUAAUUGAAAGAAAUUGGCUCAGAGAACCUUCACUCCAGUGCAAAGUGCAACUGCAGCAAGUGAUUUUCAUUAAACCAAAAGAUUUAUGAGAAUUGUGAAAAGAUACGGCCAGACGGGAGACGAUUUUCGUGAAACCUUGGUUUAUUCGAGUGAUAAUCUGAUCUAAUCGGCAAAAAAGAAUUGUGAUUUUGUGAUUUAUGUUUAUCUGAAUCAAAAGCAGAUUUUCCACCACUUGGAAUUUUCUAUCAAAAAUUUUCGGUUUUCUGUUUUUCUAUCCUUUUUGAGGAUAACUCCAAACGAUAAUGCCUAAGAAAAAAAAUUCUCGGUCAUCAUGAUGUCCUAUACGAAACGCGUUUCGAAAUGUGGUGAAAAUUAGUGAUUGUAGUAUUUAUUAAUUGAAAAUUAAAUUAAGUUAAAAAAUUGUAAACAAUUAGUGUUGGGUGAAUCGACUUGAAUUCGAUUAGUUUUGGAGGUAGUUUAGUGAUAUUUCUAUGCCCUCCAAUCUAAGACAAUUCGUCCGAAUGCAGCCAACCAUACCGCAAACACAAACGACUGUAACAGCCGAUAUGGAUUUGCCGGCUGUACAAUCAAUGGAUUGGCUAUUUAAAAAGGAAAGAAUAUAUCUAUUGGCACAAUUUUGGCAACAGCGAGCAACACUAGCAGAAAAAGAAGUCAACACCCUAAAAGAACAAUUAUACGGUUCAACACCAACCACAUCAGUUUCACCACUCUCACCAACGACAUCAUCAUCGGCAUCAUCAAACAAUUCAACAACAUCAACAAUACCCGUCAACACAACAGUAACCGCAUCAGCCAUACUAGCCGCGGUUUCACCAACAUCAGCUGUAUCUGGUGCAACAGCAACAACAAUACCAAAUAAGCAUACACUCAACAAUAACAACAUCAACAGUAAUAGCAAUUCAAGUACGAAACUCAACAGUUUCACCAUUACCCAACAAAACGGUCUACCAUCGCCGGCAUCAACACCACCAGCAUCGAGUUGCGGUAGCGCCGCGGUUACACCAACGGGUACACCAACGACAGCGGCAGCUAGCAAGGAAGAAAUUGCCAGUCUAGCAGCCAAUUGUAUUGGCAGUCUCACCAAUAAACUGCUCAAUUUCACCAAUAGUGGGAAGAUGGAUGACGGCAACAGUAUGACGUCGUUAACCUCAAUGACGGCCGACAUAAAGUUGGAAGAACAAUUGCAUAAGGAUAACAAUAAUAGCAGCAGUUGUAGUAACAAUAAUAACAGUAAUAGCAACAAUACCAAUAAUAGUAAUAGUAGUGCGAAUAAUAAUUUAAUACGAUCGAGUACACCAAUCGAUAAAAAUCUAAGUACGGAUUGUCCGAGUAAUUUAAGUAACGUGAAUAAUAGUGGUAAUAAUAAUAGCAGUAGUAGUAAUAGUGGUAAUAACAAUGCUAGUGGUAAUAAUAGUUCGAGUAGUAGCGGUAAAUCAUCAUUAUCAUCAUCAACAUCAAAUUCAUCAACAACAGCCACAACUUCAAUUGCCACAUCAUUAUCGUUAGCUGCGCCGACAACAACCACAGGAUUAGUUACAGAUGAAUUAGCUGCCAAAGAUAAAGAGAUCAAAGCAUUAAUCGAUGAAGUAACACGAUUAACCGCCCUCCAAGAGACACACGUCGUACAAAUCCAAAGACUUGAGGAACGCUUAGAACUCAACCGUCAACACAUUACAAGGUUAGAGGCACAACUACAACAAAGUCAAAGGGAACAGUCAGGACUGACAUCAGGAGGUAGUGCGUCAUCAGUGCAGCCGCUGAAUCUAGUUGAUGAAAGCAUCGUGAAAAAGGAAAAUAGCAGUAUAAUCCCAUCAUUGGAUAUCUCAAGUCCAGCUGUUGCAGCAGCUGCAGCGGCUGCCGCUUCAGUGGCGCAAGAUGCUAAACAAUUCCAAGAAUUAUUGCUGGAGCGGACCAAAGCCUUAGCAGCGGCCCAAAGUGAGGCUCUUAAAUCAAGUGCGUGUUCAGAAGGAUCGGAAUCAUCAAAAUCUGAUCAGAAAAAAGGAGAUGAACAAGCACCCAAGGCAUCAACCCCAUUGCCAAAUCGUCCAGUCGCAAUUUCUCCGACAAUAACUAGCAACACAAGCAACAUCGGCACCACUCCUCAUGAGAAGCCAGCCAAGGCUAUUAAAACGCCCAGUCGUUCGGCAACAAGCACCCCAUUCGCUGGAACACCAAUGCUUUCUGGUUUUCCCAGUAUCGGUGACACCAACUACGAUAAUCAAAACUCACCGCGCUCAACAAAAAGCAGCACCAGCGCCAAUUUGCCAAAUGUUGAUCAGUUCAGCUCUUUUCUGGGUGAAGAAAUUGUGAACAGUUGGCGACGAGGAUUUGACUUCCCGCCAUUACCACUACCACCUUUAUCCUGCGCAGCUAGUCAACAUUUGCUUCCACCAAUUGCAGCAACAGCGGCUGCAGUUGCAGCUGCAAUUGUUCCGCCAUCAUCAACAACUACGGCGGCAGCAACUUCAACGCCAAUUCCACAAUUUUCUACAGCACCUCCGCCAUCCACAUCUUCCACAACCGCUCUCCUAAGCCAACUAGCUAAUUCAACCUUCUCGAAUUCUCUUCAAACAGAUGCAAAUAGUAGCGGUGGUGGUUUAAACAACUGCCAUCAGGACAUCGAUAAAGCGAGUAGUCAUCAUGAAACUUCAUCUACAGCAAGCACACCGAAUCUCCAGGACACAAGGUCUACCGACGAGCACAUGAACGGAAGCUGUGGUCCAGGAGGACUAGGAUCGAUGUCCAUGCAACAGAUGAUGAAAAAUCAGGCAGAGGAUAAUAACAACAGUCUUGGCCCACUUCCUCAUGUACCCGCCGGGUUCCUUCCAGGUCUACCGUUCCAAUUUCAGGAGCGCGGUCACUUCCGUUUCGCAGAAGAUCUCCAAUUACCACCCGGAUCAAUGGCUGGUCGUUUGGGUGAUUCGUUGAUACCGAAAAGUGAUCCAAUGGAGGCAAAACUUCAGGAGAUGCUACGCUAUAACAUGGAUAAAUACGCUAAUCAAAACCUCGAUACCUUACACAUAUCACGACGAAUCCGCGAACUAUUAUCCGUGCAUAAUAUCGGACAAAGGAUAUUCGCCAAAUACAUCCUUGGACUUUCACAAGGAACCGUCUCGGAGUUGCUGUCCAAACCCAAGCCAUGGGAUAAAUUGACGGAAAAAGGACGUGACAGCUAUCGAAAAAUGCAUGCCUGGGGAUGUGAUGAUAACGCCGUGUUGCUCCUGAAAUCAUUGAUACCGAAAAAAGACUCUGGCAUGCCACAAUACGGUCGCCCCGAUGAAGGAAUGUCUGAUGAUCGGAUCGCCCACAUCCUCUCAGAAGCAUCGAAUCUCAUGAAAACCCCGCAAGGACACAGUCAAGCCUCACACCUUCAGCAACAACAAGUUCAGCAGGCUCAACAGCAGCAACAACAACAAGCCGCUGCAGCUGCUCAACACUUCCAACAAGCAGCCGCUGCGGCAGCUGCUGCAGCAGCAGUCCAACAACAACAGCAUGCCCAACAGCAAAGUCAGCAACAACCUCUCCAUCAAAACUCAGUGGGUCAAGAGGAUUCACACAGUAACGAGGACUCCAAGUCACCACCAAAUCAAAGCACUUCACCAUUCUUCAAGGAUUCAAUGCAACGACGAAUGAAGAAGUAUGACAACGACGAUAUAUCGCAAGACAAGGUUGCAAGAAUAUAUCAAGAAGAACUCGCGAAACUUAUGACUCGCGGCCCACGAGAUGCUUUCCAAAGUUUUCUCUUUCCACACUUUUUCAGUGGUGGCAUGCCACCGGCUGCAGCCAAUGCCAAUCAACCACAAAUGCCUGAUGAGAAUAUUCGAAUGGCACUCGAAGCAUAUCAUCGUGAACUAGCUAAACUACAACAAACUGGCGGAGCACUUCCAAAUUUUCCAAAUCUACCAGGUUUGCUAGCUCUCCAGCAACAAGCUCUGAAUGGGGCACAAGAUCUCACCUGUAAAAAGGACAAGUCCAUGAAAGUCAAUGGCCAACAAAACUCUUUCUCAAUGGAAACAGCAGAUCAAAACACCAAAGACUCAACCAGCGCUAGUGACGAAGCAUUGAGGCAUUCCAGUGCAUUCAGUUUAGUUCGGCCGAAACAGGAGCCUGGCACACCAGCACCGACAACAACUGCAGCAACGACACCCUCGACGGCACCCAGCCCGCUUAGCAAUUCCAUCCUGCCACCUGCAAUGACACCGAGCGAUGACUUCUCUUCUUCAGCAAGCCCACUACAGAGAAUGGCAUCUAUCACGAAUUCACUUAUCACACAACCACCGGUCACUCCCCACCAUAACACACCUCAAAGACCAAUGAAAGCAGUUCUUCCGCCAAUAACACAGCAACAGUUCGAUAUGUUCAACAAUCUAAAUACCGAGGACAUCGUCCGCCGAGUCAAAGAAGCCCUCUCACAGUACUCAAUUAGCCAGCGACUGUUUGGCGAAUCAGUGCUAGGUCUUUCGCAAGGAUCGGUCUCAGACCUACUAGCACGCCCAAAGCCAUGGCACAUGCUAACCCAAAAAGGACGAGAACCUUUCAUUCGCAUGAAAAUGUUCUUGGAAGAUGAAAAUGCAGUUCAUAAACUUGUUGCCAGCCAAUACAAAAUUGCUCCUGAGAAACUCAUGCGCACAGGAAACUACAGUGGAAGCCCGCAAAUUCCAGCUGGGAUCAAUCCAAAAAUGGUCCCGAUGCAGAAAAUGAUGAAUGAGAUGAAAAUGCAAGACGCACCUCAACACCUAAUGCAAUUGCAAGCUUCCGCAAUGGCCCAUAUUCCAACAUCUCAGCACCAAGGAAUGCUUCUGACACCACCAGGACUUCCACCGCACCACGCUAUCAGCCUUCCUUCCCAUAAUGAUAAGAAGCAGAUGAUGAUGCCAUCAGUUCAUUCACCGCAACAAAACAAUGCCAUGCGUGGAAUGCAUCAACACAUGUCACCUACAGUCUAUGAAAUGGCUGCACUUACACAUGAUCUCGAUACCCAAGUGAUAACUACGAAAAUCAAAGAGGCCCUACUGGCCAACAAUAUCGGACAGAAAAUCUUUGGUGAGGCAGUGUUAGGUCUCUCUCAAGGAUCUGUCUCUGAACUUCUAUCGAAACCAAAACCGUGGCAUAUGCUCAGUAUUAAAGGACGGGAACCUUUCAUACGGAUGCAGUUGUGGUUAUCCGAUGCCAAUAACGUAGAGCGACUUCAGGCUCUCAAAAUUGAGAGGCGUGAAGCCAGCAAGAGGAGACGAUCGACAGGACCGGGAACCCAGGAUAACAGUUCAGAUACUAGCAGUAAUGAUACAGCUGACUUCUACACCGGCAGUCCUGGUCCAGGUUCAGUAGGAUCAGGCGCUGGGGUUCCGCCAAACAAGAAGCAGCGAGUGCUGUUUUCAGAGGAGCAAAAGGAAGCUCUUCGAUUAGCCUUUGCAUUAGAUCCUUAUCCGAAUGUAGCGACUAUUGAAUUUUUAGCAAGCGAACUGGGUCUUGCAACUAGAACGAUAACGAAUUGGUUCCACAAUCAUAGGAUGCGACUGAAACAACAGGUUCCUCAUGGAACUCCAAGUGAGCCUGUCCCAAGUCGUGAGAAUCAGUCAGCGACUCCAUUCGACCCUGUUCAAUUUAGGAUUUUGUUGAAUCAGCGGCUUAUGGAACUGCAAAAAGAACGAAUGGGCCUUAGCGGAGUUCCGAUUCCCUAUCCACCGUAUUUCACCACUAACCCCAAUCUUGCCGCCUUGAUUGGACGAGGUUUGUUGCCAGGUAACGAACCAAGUCUAGCCGCAUUGAAUAAUGCCUUCAAAGAGCAGAUGAGUGGCCUCGAUCUCACAAUGAAUGCCUUGAAGCGGGAAAGAAACGAUGAUUUUGAAGACGACGGGGAGGAAGAAAGUCAUUUAUCUGAUGCAGAAUCGUUGGACGGAUCCGAUGUAAAGUCUGAAAACCUUAAAGAAACCCCUUCGUCAUCAUCACGCCUAUCAGGGGGAUCAAUGGUUCAGUCAAGAACGUCAAGACGAAAACCCGCCGCCCCACAAUGGGUUAAUCCCGACUGGCAAGACGGAGCCGGUGGUCCACCUCCACCGGGACCGAUCACCGAACCUGAGGUGAUUAUUAAUGGAGUUUGUGUUAUGCAGAAUCAAGCUGCCGACUAUAGUCGUAAAGCUGGCAGCGAAGAAACCGUCCGUGUUGAGCCUACCGAUGUUCAGGACCAUCAUCGCUCUUUCGACGAUGACGCCGAGGAGGAUUGUGCAUCUGAUGCAGAUGAUGAUGAAGGUCGACGAUCCCAAAUGUCCAACAAGCACUCGGAGCCUGAAAUUGUUAAUGAAAACGACGAAAAUGAUUUGGCUGAUGAGAAAAACGAAGACUGUGAGAGUGUAGUGGAGGAUGACACCCCAAGUGGGGGACGAUCGGGUGGAAAUAAGAAUGGUGAUAGCAAGGCGGAAGAGAUCGAUGAUGAUGAUGAGGAGGAAGGUGACAGUGGCUGGCAUUAUUGAAGGACUUGUAUGUAAUUGAAUAUGUCGAGAGACAAUGUGAUGUUGUGUUCAGGAACAAUCGGAGCGUUGAGAGUGGACUACAGUCCAACGGAAAAAGACAUUUCACAAUUGUGAAAAUAUGUGAACGAUGUAAUCGAGAUAAAAUUAAUUGUAAAAUUAGUCUUAAAUGAUUGAACGAUGUUUUUCUAGAAUGAAAGAAAACUUUAAAAUCAAUUUCAUGUGCAAUCAAAGAAAAAUUAUUAAUAUGCGAAAUACAAUAAGUAAGUGUAUUGAAUUGGAGUAGAUUACGUAAAAUAAUUAAGAUAAAGUGGAAAAAAGAUUCAUAAAAUAUGUAUAAUUAGUGUUUAAGGCAAAUAAAUAGAUAUAAAAUGUAUAAAUUCCUUGUAUAGAAGGGGCAAGUGAAUGAUUAAGUCGAUGACUGAGCGAAUGAAAGUUAAAUGUUAAACGCGAAUCUAAAUUCGCCUGUAAACAACUUUAUUAAAUUGUGAUUAAGUUCUAAUUUUAAAUAAAAUUUAAAAGAAAAUAGAAGAAAACAAACUCAGCUAUAAUCUGGUUUGGAGGAAAAAAAUCACAAAAAAACAAGAAAUCUUUUAUAAAAGUUUCUUUCGAUCCGUUUUAAGUAUUCAAUUUAAUAAUAUAAAAUCGCACUAAGAUACGAAAUGAAUGAAAAUCAUUGCAAAUAGUUAAUAUUAUUUUAUCUUUGAUAGAUUUAUUUGUAUAAAUAAAUAGCCUUCGAUUUAUUUGUUCUCUCAUUCGUCAAAUUGCAUAGAUGGAUGUUGAUAAAAUUGAAACUUUCCAUUAUCAUAAAAUUAAUCAGAAGAUAUUGAGAAAAGUCUUUCAAAAUAAUAGAAAAAGAUUCAAAGCUGAAGCGAAAAUAACAAAAAAACGUAAAUAUUCAAUGUAAAUUUCUUCUUUCCAAAACCGGAAACCAAGUCAACUUGUAUAGAGAACAACAAAAGAACACACAAUAAAUAUAAAAACUAAUUAAAAAUCGAACUUAGUCCGACCCUAAAUGAUAAGAUUAAAAACAUAGAAAUAUCUAGCAUUUACUAAAUAGCACUUUAUUAUAUGUUGUAAAUGUAAGAUAAAUUUAAAUUUAGUAAUAUACAAGUAUUUGUAUGAACGCAUAGUUACAGUAUAUAAAUCAAGAAACCCAAAAACUAAAUCAAUAAAAUCAACAACCGAACAGCAUUUAAUAUCUCAAUAAAAAUAGAUAAUGAUUAAUUGAAGAAUAUUCAAAGAGGUUUUAGAAAAUUAAAACCAAUCAAAAUAGAAUCUUGAAUCCGCGGAGUUUUAUAUUCAUAUUUAGAUGUUGUAGUGAUAAUUUACUCCAUAGUUUCAUUUGAUCAUUCAAAAGUUAUCUUUUCUCCUAAAAAGAUUAAAAUAGAUCUAAGUUUUGUAAAUAUCUCCUGUAAUUAUAAUUAAUUUUAUUAGUUCCAAACGUCGCGAUUCUAAAAGUAAUUAUUUAAUUUUAGUUACUGCAAAUAUUUUAUUAUUAUAAUUCGUUUUAUUUUCAAAUGUAUACGUUCUAUUUACUUGUAUGAUUUUUUACAUAAAAUAAAAUAAAAAAAAACAUAAGCAAAAAUAUAAAAAACAAAUAUAACUUUUAAGUAUAAGACUGUUGCCACCUAUUCUUGCUAUAUUAUAAUGAAAACUACAUUCAAAUAAUUAUGUGUAUAUGUAUCAAUGUUUUUUUUAUUAUUUUUAUAUUAUAAUUUCUAGUUCUUCACUGGAAGAUAUGUGAGAAGGACCGGAGUUUUUAUUAUUUUUUUAUUAUUACAAUCCUAAAGUUAUUAUGUCGAUUAUUUGUCAUUAUUUUAUAAUUAUAUAUAUAUAGUUUUUAUUUCCAAAAAGUAGGAUAAUACCAUGCAGUUACGUAUGAAUAAUAUUAAUGAGAAAUUUUCUGAAAGAUGAUAAAUAAGUGAAAAUACACACAAUGAAAAUAAUAAUCCGAAAAUUUGAUUGUUUUUAUUUUGAAUUGUAUUUUUGUAUUUUCUGGUUUAAAUCCUUUUUUCCAUUGGUUUGAUUUUCAAUAUACAAAUAUUCAGUUCAGAAUUGUAAGUCCACAUCUCCAUGUGGGCGAUCGCUCGCUGCGUUGGAAAAAUGGUUACUUGAGAAAAAACAAAAGCUGCAGCUUUUUCGUCACCUUUUUCGCUGCACUAGUUGACCACAAAAUUCAGGGGCCUCUGAUGAGUGCCAAGCAACAAAUGGGAACUGCAUUUUUCUUUCCUUUUUUGCCGUGUAUUCUAACAAUUUUCACAUUCCGAUUAAGGAAGUACGACAGUGCUUUACUCCGCUUCCUCCUUUGUAAAUGAGAAUGCUUGGCUAACCAUUCUUGAGUUGUGCUAAAAAAUUGUCAUUUAACUACUCAAACUGAUUUUUUCAUUCUUUUUUGAAGAAUAACAUAAUUGAAUGUUGAAAUACUCUUUCAAUUCUCCUGUGUUUUGUAUGCCGGAUACGUAGUCCAAUCACGGGACGUGCUCCGGACUGAAAGUGUUGGCACAGAUGUUUAAUGUGGUUAAUGACACCACCAAAGUCAUUCAAGUAUAAAUAAGAAAUUUUCAAAAGAAUUUUCUCUGGAUUAUCUAAAGAAAACCUGGAUGCCUCUUGAGUCCAAUCCCACAAGUUUCUCCCAAACCAAAACCAUGUUUCUUUGACUAGGAGAAAAAAGACCGUGCGACUGUUUGCGCUGAGAUCAUUUAAAAGUUCCGGGUCGAAUUCGCCACUGAUUAUCGAAUGUGCGCUUCUGGGAUAUAAAUUAAAGUAAUAUAUUCGUCAACAGUCUUCUUCCAAAAAAUUCAUCAUUCCGAAGAUAUUUGCUCAUUUUGUUGCUGAUGAAAAUUCAAAGAUGGCCCUUGGGUUAAUUUUACUUUCGGAUUAAGGAGCAGUUUCUUCCCGAAACAGGGGUGAUAUUUGAGCCAAAAGUUUCCGAAACUGUUAUUUAAACUCUUUACUCUUUUAAAAAACAGAGAAAUAGGAAACUUUCCUUCACUGAUUGCUUUUGGAUACGUUCAAUGAGAUAUAUAUUGUUAUCAACUAAACUAAAACGAGGAGACCCAGACAGAAUUCCUGGAAAAACAACCCGUUCUUCUUAUCCGACCUGUGCCCUUUUUGCAAACAAACUUUUAACUGGAUCUAUUUGCAGCCGAACCUGCUUCACAUUAAGGCUCCCUUGAUGAUCAAAAGUCUUUAUUCUUGGGUCUCUAUCUGAUCCGGAUGUGCUAUUGCCUACUCAUGUGGCAGGCUUUGCCGAAACGUAAAUUUAUCAACGAUGGGUUCAACCUACGGCUCUGUCUCUACCUGAAGUUUUUCCACAGAGGAUCUUGGUCCAUUUUAAAGAUGAAUCUAUCUGCCUGCAUUGUGACUCAAAAUUUACAGCUAUUGAAAUGGUUGGGCUAUACCCUUAUGAGGAGAUAGCGCAUACCAUAAAGUAUGGCUGUUGCCCUGUGUUCAGCUUUGCGUAUUCGUUGUUGCCUUUUAUAACUACUAACUUUCAUGACUAUGGUCUCCCCUCAUCCAAACCUUGCCGAAUUGCUUUUUCAACAAAAUUCCAUCAGUUCACCAAGGUCACUUUGGCACUCACAUUUGGCCGUGUUGGGACCUGUGUAUGUUCCAUAUAGGACUUUUCUCAUCCCUUAUCGUCAAAAUUUUGAAACUUGAAAAACUGUCAUAUUCUUGAAUUGGCUUUGCUUCUGUUGAACACAGACUUGAAUUCAAAUUGUAUUACAUCCUUAGUCCGUAAGCAGCAAAGAUAAACACUUCAAGCUCCCCCAAAUGCAGUUAGUGGUUAAUUGGUUUUUCAGAAAUGGGUGCGACUAAGCGUGAAUGUUCGGCUGUGAACCCGUCUAUCUAUUUAGAAGACUGUUGGCCAUUAAAUUGAUGUUUCUGUUUCUAUCACCAACCCCCGCCUCCUGAGCCCCCGCUGACUGACUCAGGCUUAAGAGUAAUUCAGUUCCAAAAGUGGUCCCAACUUGCUUUUUUUAUAUCUUUUGUGGUGAUACUGAAAAUGUAAUCGUAGUUUGGGCAGUUUUAAAAUACAAGUUCCUUCCAGCUGGAUAACCUAAGUCCAACGGAUUAGGAUGUGAAGGAUCGAAUCUUCCUUUCCGGAAACGGAGCUGCGCUUAGGAUCCGGCAACCUGCACGGUCGCUAUCCGCCCAUUUCUAAUAUAAGUUUUGCUUUGAUUGGCAGAAGUCAGCAGCAAAAUUCUUCUUCUGCUACUUUCAGUGCACUUAUUUUUUCAAAUUUCUCAGAUACAUAUCAAAUUGAAGGAGGACUAAAUAUUUACUUGACGUUCGCGUCGUGGUUGGUGACGCCAUUUUAUUUUAUCAGAGGCCUUAUCUGAAUAUAGUCGCGGGGCUCCUCCUCCUCGUUAGCGCGAAUUACACGACCAUACCAAGAAAAAGGCCUCUGUCAUUCGCUGCUACCUGGGUAUUCCAAAAUAAGGACCAGCGACUUUAUCUAGGACAGAGGACAAGACACUGUUUCAUCGAACCAACGAAAUCGGUAUUUCUUGAUAUUAGAAAUGUUGAGUGCUUCUUCUAAAAUGAGGGUCCGUGGGCUAAAGGGCUACAGUUUCCCCCAUUUAGUCCGAUUGGUCAUCAAGUGGAUGCGGAUCUAGAACUCCCUCACUCCUUAAACAAAAAAACAUACCGAACUCAUUGUUUAAACUUAUUCUGACUUACUUUUAUUGUCUAUAUGAGUUUAAUCUUCUUAGACAGGUAUUGAUUUCAAACGUCCUCUGGUCCUCUAUAUAUACUCGACGAAGUAAUAAGGAUUUCGAGUUAAGACGAUAAGGAGCGCGUCAGAACCUUCGAUCAAGAAACUAAAUAGCAGUUAGGUUUAAGCCAACUUGCAUCGUAACUAACAUCCAAUUUUCAGGGUGGGUUUUCAACUGUCUUCCUGGUUGAUACGAGUCAACCUCAAACUGGGACGCAUCCAAAGUGGAGAACGAAAAUAUCACAAAUAUAGAAAAGUAUUUUCGAGAGAUUUAGUUGGAAUAAAAGAUUCAUUACAAAGCCUCUCAUGAAAUCACUUCAAACACUUUUGGUUCAUUAAAAGGCUAAGGAGCUUCGUAUUCAAACCUCUUUCUCUGCCUGUCUCUGGAAACUCAGUUAUUUCUGAGGAAAAGAAAAUUAA